CUAUUAUGUGCCUUCUCACUGGGUGGUGGAUGCGGGGUGAGGGGACAAUCAGUUUGUUCUUUCUUAUGAGUGUGUCUUUCCUUUGGUUUCCAGAGGGCCAGUGCUGUACUGAGUGGCUGUGCCAAUGGGGAGAUGCCUACUUAACACACAUUGCCAGCAAUUGUACUAAAUAUUUCCCUGCUGAACCGGUUGCUCAGGUACCCUGCCUGUCUUUGUUGCUAUGGGAGAUUGGAAGACUAUUACUGUGCCAGUGCUGUCAUCAGAUAGCAAAAAUAUUUUUCAUUAUACCUCAGAAAAAAAGAUAUCUCCCCCAAGCAUGAACUCGCAAGUGCUACGCUUGCCACUGCCUUCAUCCAAAAACAUGCACAGCUUUUUCAGUGCCUUCUGCACAGAAGAGAAUAUUGAACAGAGUAUAUCCUAUCUCAAUAGGGAACUGACAACAUUGGGCUUUCCCUCUAUUUAUGCGGAGUCCAAAGGACAAGAAUUAAAUUUAAUAUCGAUCAUAAAUUGCAUGAAUGAAUUGCUUGUACUGCAGCACAAGAACCUUCGAGCUCAGGAAGAAGUAGAAAUGCAGCAUCUGAAACUGGGUAGUGAUAUGGAUCACUUGCAGAACUGCUAUGCUAAAUUAAAGGAACAGUUGGAAUUAUCUAAAAGGGAAAUAGUUGGACUUCAGGAAAGAGACAGACAACUGCAAAGCAAGAACAGAAAUUUGCACCAGUUACUUAAAACUGAAAAGGAUGAAGUACAGAAGUUACAGAACAUAAUUUCAAGUAGAGCUACACAGUACAAUCAUGACAUGAAGAGGAAAGAGAGAGAAUAUAACAAAUUAAAGGAACGCUUGCAUCAAUUAGUCAUGAACAAAAAGGACAAAAAGAUAGCUAUGGAAGUUCUAAAUUAUGUUGGUAGAGCUGAUGGGAAGAGAGGUGCAUGGAGGACUGAUAAGACAGAAGCCAGAAAUGAAGAAGAAAUGUACAAAGUUCUGUUAAGUGAUUAUGAACAACGCCAAAAACAACUUCUAGUGGAAAAUGCUGAGCUGAAAAAAGUUCUUCAGCAAAUGAAGAAAGAGAUUAUUUUACUUCUCCCACCACAGAAACAGAAACCUAAAGAAAGGUCUGAAGAUGGGCUGGUGCUGUCAGACCCGGAGGAAGAUAUCGGAGAGUUAAAUAAAGAGAAUAUGUGGGAACUGUCUUGUGAAACUGUGCGAGAGCAGCUUACCAACAGCAUUAGGAAACAAUGGAGAAUGUUGAAAAAUCACGUUGAAAAGCUGGAUAACCAAGUGUCACGUGUACAUUCAGGAACUUUGAAUGAAAAAGAUGUCAUUUCACGAGAAGACCAUGAGCUGGAAACUGAAAAGCUAGAGUUAGAGAUUCAGCAAUGUAAAGAAAUGAUCAAAACUCAGCAACAGCUCUUGCAGCAGCAGCUUAUGUCUCCAUGUGAUGAUGACACCACUCUGUUACUACAGGACUGUUAUUUGUUGGAAGAAAGAGAGCGUCUUCAGGAAGAAUGGAGACUAUUUCGAGAACAAAAAAAGAAUUUUGAGAAGGAAAGAAGAAGUUUUACUGAAGCUGCUAUUAGAUUAGGACUUGAGAGAAAAGCAUUUGAAGAAGAUAGAGGAGCAUGGCUGAAGCAACAGUUCUUAAGUAUGUCUACUGAUUACAAGCACUCUGAAAAUGUGACAACUCCAAGUGCCUUCUUAGGAAUGCUGCAUCCAAAAAACCUGCUGGAGAUAGCAAGCCAAAUCAGUGGGUGGAAAGUGACAAAGAAGAAACUGAGUAAUGCACAAAGUCAUGGGAAGACUCUGGAGUUGGCACUCUGCUAUGUAGAAACUUGCACAUAGAACAACUGCCUUAGACUUCCUAGGGUUGCCUGCUGGGUUGUUUGUUAGAGAUUUUUUCAUAAACUUAUCAUUCUCAAGUAAAACAGAAUGCUGUGAGUUUGGCCAUUCUUCUAGAAGAUUAUGUGGUGAUCUGAAUUGUGGCGUGUGUGUGUAUGUGCGUGCACAAGGCUUUUAUUUUUUAGACCACUCUUUGCCUCUUUUCUUGCAACUCUUGAAAGAAAAUAAUUGAAAAAUAUAUAAGAGCUUUCAUAUUUUUCUAGUAACAGAAGCUCUGAUUCUGUGAAUGAAGUGAUGGUCUCAAACUUUGACUAUAAUACUGGAUCCCAAUGUUACCUUUCAUCACAGGCAGAGAUAGCACUUUUAGAAAUUGUUUAAUUAUUGGAAACAUUCAUUUAUGUUUCAAGUGUAACUGGCAUUAAAACUUCUUUUGCCUCAACUUGAAUGUACAGUAUACUGUAGAUUUUUAACAAAACAGGUUCUAUAUUUAUUGUGUGAUUUGAAAAUACCUCUUUGAUAUUUCAGAUGACCUAAAGUGCAGAAUCUUUAUAUAUUUGUAAAUAGACAAAGUGAUUAUGCUGAGAAACCAUGAAAUUAAACACAUGCAUACAUAAUAUUAUUUUACAUGGCGUUUUAAAUUGUUUUAUAGUGAUACUCAGUUUACAGAUGCAUUAGGACUUUCAAUGGUUCAGUUGAGAACCAAAUUAUUUCAAAUGUGAACAAUAAACGUGUAAUUCUAUUCUAAAA